GCCACUCUAAUCGAAAAAAAACUUUGAACGGAACGCACGGACGCUCCGCUGACGACGGAAAUCGCGAAGGGCGGAUGAGUGCUGCGCGAGUUUAAUGGAAUAGUUUGCAAUACUUCGCCUUUCCCUUCGAGUGUCCAGCAUCCGCUUUCGCUGUGACGCAGUGCCUCUGCAGGCUUUCAAAGGAUAUUCGACGCAGUUUCCGCGAGGGAAAUGCAGCUCCAUUUAAUGAGACCGCAGAGUCACGCGUGUGAUGAGCACGAAAAGUGAAAUAUAAGCCAGAGAAAAACAAAAAAAAAGCAAAGUGAAAAAGGCAGAGGCAUUUAAACAAAAUUCUCAGUGUUAAAAUCAGUAUUGUGCAUUUAGCAGUUGCCAAACAAAUUGCAUUGUGUUUCUUUGUUUUGUUUGGCUCGCACGCGCUGGUGUUGGUGUGUGUGCGUGAAAGAGUGCGCCAGUGUAACCGCUUGUGUGUGUGAGAGCAAGGACAACAGGCAAAAAUAGGAGAGGAAGAGGAGAAGAGGAAAAGCAACAACUGUGGAGCUGCAGCUGGAAAAAACACUCUCCUGCGAUGGACACGUUUCGCAAGUGGCUGAACAAACCCAAGGCUGAUGACAAAUCGCUGUUAGCCCGCUUCUUCCAUGCAGAUCGCUCUCUUACAGCCGUGGCCAGUGAGUUGGACAGUUUCGAUGGAAGAGCAGAGCCUGAUCGGUGCACCAGGUUGGUCAGCAGACUGCGGCAGAAUCAGGACAAAGUGCUGGCUAUCACGAACUUGAUAAUGGAGGAGUUACUCGGAGAAGAUCGUGAUCCUCGCGCCUUCCGCGCCAAGUUCCCCGAGGAGGUACUCCAAGAGAAUUUGGCCGGACAGCUGUGGUUCGGUGCUGAGUGCCUAGCUGCCGGCUCCUCAAUCAUGAACCGGGAGACGGAGAGCAAGGAGAUGCGACCACUGGCCCAGGCGGUGACCAAGAGCUUGGGCAAUGUGCGCGUCCUGCUGAGGGACCAGUGCUUAAAGAACAAUGUCCCCAACAGCAAGACACUGCAUCUGGACUUGAACGAUUCCACAACUGAGCAGCUAUACGAAAGUCUGAAGAUCUUCGACCGACUUUUUGCCGAGUUCGAACUAAGCUAUGUUAGCGCCAUGGUGCAGGUUAAGUCUCGCCAUGAGUACGAGAUGCAGCAGUGGAUCGGUGUGCUCUUCUCGGAGACAUUGCAACGGGCUCUGAAGAUUGGUCUGCUUGACCAGGACAUGGUGGAUGCCUUCGAUCCCGGUCUGAUGUUCUCCAUUCCGCGGUUGGCAAUUGUUGCUGGCUUGGUGGUCUAUGCCAAGGGGCCGCUCAACAUGGAUAUGCCGGGUGAUCAGCUAUCGGAGAUGUUCCGUCCCUUCCGCACAAUCCUCAUCAAGAUCCGCGAUCUCCUACGGAACCUCAACAACCAGGAACUGUAUCAGCUUGAGAAGCUGCUGUGUACCAACGAGGAUAUCAAUACAAAGGUGCCACUUGGUUCGAGCAGUAUCGAGGCGCCAAGUCCGGAGCACAACUCCCAUCCUACGACGAGCAGCAGCCAAAACACAAACGCCAGCAACAACAACCACAGUAGCAGUAGCACCGCAACCACGGGGACAACAAAUACGCACAGGACUGUGGAGCGGCUGGUGGAUCAGCGAAACAACAACAAUAAUAGCAACAGCAACAGUAGCACGAAUCCUGGAGUGGAAGGAGCUACGCUGCGCUCUCCGUCCAUGUUGUCGUUGUCACCCACCAGUACGCCAACCGCCUCGCCUGCCCCCUCACCCACACCCUCGCACUCGAUAGCCUCCACUUCAUCGGGGGCCACCACCUCCACAAAUCCGCCAGCGGAUUGGAGCGAUGGCGAUGAUGAGGACGAAGAUGACGAGGAGAUCGAUGAAGACGAUUUAGAAAGCAGCGACGAUGACACGGACGAGGAGCAACUGCUCAAGGACAUUGUGGCGGCGGACUGUGCCUCCGGUUAUCUCAUACCCAACACCAAUCUGGGUAAUCUGCUUCAGCCCCAGGAGGUUCCUCUCACGGACAACUUCGUGGCCAGCGAAGAUGAUGAGUAUGGAACGGGAGAGCAUCACGGGCAUCAGGCUCGCGAGGAGGAGGAGCCCAGCACCAGUGCUGCUAUGCUGGCGGCCACCCGCACCUUGCAGCGGCUGCGCCUGCCCAGCAGCGACACUGAUCCCCUAGCAGAACCCACGACAAUCAAAGCGUCCGAGGAGCAUAUGCAGCAGCAUUCAGCCUUGCCAAGCGGGCGCCAUCGGGAGAGUCACAGUCACCGCCAUCAUCAACGCCACCACCACCAUCAUCACCAUCACUCACAUCAACAUCAACAUCGACAGCCGCAUCCGCAUCGCACAACGCGCAGUGGUCGCAAACGUUGCAGCCUGGAUGUGUCUGAGGCGGAGGGAAGUCAGCAGGAAAGGGAGCAAAACCUAGCCAGUGGCGAUACAAGUGCCGCCUCCUCACUGUCGGACGACGUGUCCCUGGCCAUGCGCAACACCACGGCACGCCUUAAGUUCAAGAGCACUGAGAACUUGCUGCACCGCCUGUUUGUCUGUAUUGCCGGCGUGGCUGACCAACUGCAAACGAACUUCGCCUCCGAUCUGCGCCAGAUUCUACGCAGUGUUUUCCUCAUUAACAUGUCGUCCGCCCAGGAGGAGAUCGACAUACCGGAAAAGACAAAGGAGUCGGAACUGUUCGAGUUCCGGGCCUCCGAGAACGAUGUGAUACAGGAGAGUGCCGGCUCCAACCAAAGCAUUUACUCAGCGGAGGAGGUUAAUCCCGAGCUGGACAAUGUGUUCAGCGCCAGUGGAGUCAAUCAGACUGGUCAGCGUCAUUCCGCUGGCGCCAGUAUGCAGCGAAAUAAUACCAUCGAUCUGGCGAGUCAGACUGGAGAAGGAAGUCCCAGUGGAGAUGCGAUGGUCACCAGUCGUUCGCAUGUAACGCGGAGCCGAAGUCUAGGGGAUCAGGAGGCAGCUAGCACGCCGACCAGCAGCAACACACAUUUGCGCCACCAGGAACAGCAGCAAUUGCAGAUCCAGCUGCAGCGGCAGCGCAACAAUUCCGUUGGUAGUAAUACGCCUUCCAGCGCCUCCUCCACCAGUUCUAGCUCCGAACAGAAUUCACCGGUGAGUGCCAGGAGCGGGAGUCGCCGGCGCCUGCAAAGCAACAACGAAACCCAGAUGCCCUCAUCAGCAACAGCCAGCUCAACCACUCUUUCGCCACCGGCCUGGAUUCCCGAUGGCAAGGCACCGCGAUGCAUGGCCUGUCAGACGCCUUUCACUGCCUUCCGCAGGCGUCAUCAUUGUCGAAACUGCGGCGGUGUCUUCUGCGGAGUGUGCUCGAACGCUUCCGCUCCGUUGCCCAAAUACGGACUGACUAAAGCUGUACGCGUCUGUCGGGACUGCUAUGUGCGCGAGGUGCGCACUGGAUUGGGUGUCCAAGGAGUGCAGAGUGUUCAGAGCGUCCAAGCCAGCGCCUCUUAGGAUUGGCCCAUGGCGCUAAAAGGCGCAGCUGACGACCAAAAAUGUGGCCGAGACGGAGGAAAAGCAAACUGUGAAUCGCAAUUGUUCCGCAAACAUUGUUUUCUUUAUUUUAUACGUAAUCCAAAUCCCAUGCAAAAUGGCCCCAUGACCACAGCCAGGGCCCGAAUACAUAGAUCAUAUAUAUCUUAAAUAUAUAUAACCGUAGCUAUAUAUUUUUUAUUUUCAAAACAAUGACCAACUGAGCGUCUAUCAAACGAGUGUAAAACAAAGCUCCAAACUGUACUAAAACGACAUUUGUUCAUAUCAAGAGAUAGCGCCAGCUUUAAGUUCGGCUUGCAUUUUAACGAAUAUCACAUUUUGUUUUCUGUUCUUCGUUUUGUUUUUUGUGGCUUAGGGAAGCACCUUUUUGUAUGGACAAGAGUUUUCUAUGCGUAAGCUUUAACUUUGCAAAAUCCUUUGUCACUAGCCAAGGCCUUACUAUAUGCAGUUAAAGGUAUAGAUAUAUGUAUAUUUUUCUAGCGUUGAGUAUCAUAGUGAGAGCGUAUCAAGCUGUUUAGUAGGCGUUAAUUGUAGCAGAAAUUUUUGCGAAACAUUUUUUGUGAUUUAUCGUAAUUUUAUAUGUAUUAAUUCCCCUAUGUUAAAUCGUUUCUAUCUGACCUAGCUGGAAUGAAUAAGUUCGUAGAUGUAUGUGGCAAGAUGAAAUCCUUAAAUUGAAUUUCAACAAUAAUAACUACUAUAUUACCACUAAAGAUAGACACAUAUAUUUUCUGAUUCAAACUUGUAUAAAUAAUGUAACGAACGAGAAAUCUGUAAAUUGAGUUUAAGAAAUAUACGCAAUUUUAUGCUUAAAUAAAAAUCAAUUAAAUCAA